UAUAUAUACUAUUUAAGACGCACGUGUUUACUUCUAGCAUUAUUUUGUAUUUCGAAGCUGAAUAUAACGUGAAAAAUAAUUAAGAAAGAUGGUGAAGUUGCAAAAAUCUUUAACAAAACCUUUAGAUAUAAUCGAGAAAAAGAAAACAAAGUUGCCUGCACCACCACUUGCAGGCAUCUCAAAGGCACACAAAAAAGAAAAAGCAGUUACUGUACUGGAGAAGUCGCCGAAAUCCAAAAAAGAAAAGUUAGCAAAAUCAAUUAUUAAAGAUGUCGAAGUUGUGGCGCCUUUGAAAAAAGAAAAGAAAGAUAAAUUAAAUAAAGUUGAUAAGAAGAUUCCGAGCGAACCAAACAAGAAAAAAUCCAAGACGUCUGAAAAGAAGGUGGAACAGGCUCCAAAACGUCCUUUGGUACUAGCACCGGCAGAAUCUCCUAAAGCUCCCAAAUUAGUUACGGCUAAGUUGGAAAAGAAGUCGAAGGAUAAAAAGUCCAAAGUUCAAAAGAAAAAGGAUAAAAAAGUCAACCCAACUAACGUUGAACCAGCAACCCCUUUAACAAAUUUGCAAAAGAAAAAAGCUGCCAAACGAGCCUACAAAAAAGAGCAAAUUAAGAAGAGGCGCGAAAAUAAAUCGGCAAAAACCAAAAAAGCUCCAACAAAACGUCUAUUUAAAGCACCACCAUUUGAUGAGGAAAAAUUCAAUGCAAUUGUAUGUGACGAUAAUGUGAAGAAAAUAGCAAAGGGUCUGAAAAAGCAGGUAGAAAAGGAAGUAUCUGAAAAGAAAACAGCCAUUUUUAGUGAUUUUCAAUACUUCCUAAAUGUCUCGUGCUUCAAAAUACCUAAUGUUCCAAAACGUAUUGUAAAGCUCAAUUUAAAACAUUCGUUGGUUGAUAAAGAUGAUGAUGUUGCUAUCAUUGUGUCCGAUUUACAACGUGGAUCUAAAGUUGAUUACGAACCAACAAUUCAACAUUAUGAAGAUAUCUUCCGCGAAGCCGGUAUUGAAGGACUGACAAUCAUACCAUUUAAUAAACUUAGGAAUGAAUGCAAUACUUUUGAAACUGUGCGGAAAUUUGGAAAUACCUAUGAUUAUUUUCUAUGCGAUGGGCGCUUAGUAGGACACGUAUCUGGUUUUUGCGGAAAGGUCUUCCAAAAACCGCGUACAACAUUCCAUUCGGUACGUAUGGAUAAUCAAAAGAAUUUAAAACGAGAAAUUGAGAAAUCGUUAUGUCGUACUGCUUACAAACAACUGGACAAGGGUGAUCUCAUAUCAAUACCGAUCGGUACUCACAAGUUCACAGAAGAUCAGUUGGUUGAGAAUAUUAUGCAUGUAAUGGAGCAGUUGAAGGGUUCUUACCCCGGCGGCUUGGCCAAUAUCCGUGGCAUAUAUCUUAAAAUAAGUAUCGCUGGUACGUCAUCAUUGCCAUUAUUCCUCAGUGUUGCAGAGCCACCUGCGGAGAUCCCUUAUGUUGUCGGACCACGUGAGCAGCGUACGCUGAAAUUGAAACGCGAAGCUAACGAGGUUUUGUCUAAUUUCAAUAUGACAAAAGAAGGAAACUUGUUGAAGCUAUCAAAAACUGAUGUGGAACGCAAACGUAAAUUGAAAGAAAUGCGAGCAGUAGUAAACGCUGAAGCCAAUACCACUGAAGAAAAUAAGCAUGAUAAGGCCAAUGGUAAACAAGCUGUUGUGCCAGCAAAGAAGGCUAAAACUGAGAAAAGUGUUAUAGCUUCCGAUAAAAGUGAUAAAAGUAAGUCUAAAGAUGAAGAGCCUAAGGUAGAAGAGCAAGGCGACGACGAUGAAGAUGAUGGUGAAGCAGAGCAAGAAGAUGAGGAUGAGAACGACAGUGGCGAAGAUGAGGAUGUGGAGGAAGAUGAUAGUGGGGAAGAGGAAGAUGGCGAUGAUGAUGAUGAGGACGACGAUGACGGUGAUGAUGAUGAAGAGGAUGCUGAAGACGACGAUGAGGACGGCGCGGGGGAUGAUGAUAAGGAUGAGGAUGAAAGUGAAGAAGAAGAUGAUGAAUAAUUACAAUAGUAAUUUUGCCAUAAGUCUGGUUUUUUUAUUAUAAAUCUUUUAUUAUAUAUGAAACACAUUGAAUCAUUGGAAUAUAAGAAUAAAAUAUCUUGAAUUACUUGCGA